AUGUCUAAUAUUAAGGAAGAAGAAUCUAACAACAAUAAAGAUAAAAUUAUUAAUAGUCAACGUCUUCCUAUUUUUGGACGUUAUCAUACACCAUAUAAUUUAGAAAGUUAUAGAGCUGAUAAAAAAAAUAUUAAGAAUAUUUCAAUUAAAACCAGAAAUUCUGAGUAUGGUUUUACAGAUUGGAAAUUACAAAAAAGUAAAUCAGAAGGAAUAAAAAAAAAAUAUUCACAACAAAUUGAAGAUAAUGGCAAUAAUUUAGAAAAAAAAAUAAAUGAAAAUACAAAUAUUACAGAUAAAGAAUUUUCAAAUAAAGAAAGUAUAAUAAAAAAAGUUGUUAAUUUUUUUAAAAUUAAAAAAAAAAAAUCAUCACAAGAUUUGUGUAAAAUGCAAACAUAUACAGAACUUGAACCAACUGAAAUGUUAGAAAGAAGUAACAGAAAAAUAAUUAAUAAAAAAAAAAAAAGAAAUAAAAUUUAUAAAAAAAUAACAAAAAAAGCUAGUAGUGUUACAUCAAUUAAUGUUAUUAAUGAGCCAGGUAUUGUUAAAGAAAUUUGUCCUCUUGAAGAAUAUAAUACAACUAAAGAAUAUAGUGAUUUAAUAGAACAAGUAAAAAAAGAAAAUGAAAAAAUUAAUUUUUUUGAUAUUAAAUGUAAUAUUCCAUGUAAUCCAGGUGAUUUAAUUAUAGAUAAAAGAAAAUUUGUAACAUUUAUUUUUAAAAGAAGCCCUUUAAUGAAUUUAUUAUUAUAUCAAGAUGAAAUUGUUCGUAUAAAUGGUGAAAAUUUUGAAGUAGAUGAAGAAGAAUGUAUUUUACCUGUAGAACCAUGUCAACGACUUGAUUUAGUAAUAAGAAGAAGAGGACGUUCAUUAGCUGUACCAUUUAAAAGACAACUUAAUACUAAUUUAGAUAUGGAAUAUGGAUAUUAUUAUUUUGUUGUUACUGUACCAAGAAUAAAAAAUCAAUUGAUUGGAAUAGAAUUUUAUAAUACACCUGAAGAUGGAAUCAUUGUACAAAAUGUUAUUAAAAAUACAGUUGGAUAUCAUUUAUUUUCACAGGGAGAUUAUAUUUGUGAUAUAAAUAAUAUUUCUAUUAAAACAUCGGAAGAAUUUUUUAAAAUAUUAACUGAUGAUAUUUAUACAUUUCCAACAUUUUCUUGUAUUGUAAAAAGAUCAUGUGCCAAACCAACACAAUUAAAAGUUGUUAAAACACUAUUUGAAUGUCCUGAUAUAAAAAUAAAAAGUGACGUAAUGAAGAUUGUAAAAAAUGAAGAACAAAAAUUAAUGAUAAAUGAUAAUAAAAAAAAAAAACCAUGUACCAUUUUAAAAGAUACAUCCUAUAUACAAAAUUUUAUAUCAUCAACAAAAAUGAAAGGAAGUAUUAUACCUACUAGUAAUAGAAAAAAAAUUGAAAAAUAUUCUGUAAUUUCAACACGUUCAUCUAAAAAAAAUAGAAGAAAAAAAAAUGUUAAAAUUAUUGAUGCUCCAAAAACAAAAGAAAUUGAGAGUGAUAUAGAAAAUGUUGUUUUUAUUAAUCCAGUACCAAAUAAAUUUACUUCAUUUUAA